AUGGACGCAACUGAGCUCGGUCGCUGGUCGCGAUUUGCUGGCAAGGGCGGCAUUGGGAAAUGCACUGCGCUCCAGGAUUAUGUCGCUGAGGAACCCGAGGAUCUCAUGUUCAUGAAGGACGACGAGAUCACCGUGCUCAUGCAGCUGGGGGAAGAGGAUCUCUUCCUGGGCUAUUGCGAAGGCGUUAUAGGCCGUUUCCGCACCUCCUUCGUCCGCUUCCACGGACGGCUCAAGAAACCCGUCAUGGCCAAGCGCUCUUCCUCC